AUGGCCAGCCGUCGGGACAAGAAGAUUACACGCUCCAUCGUCCGCGCCAUCCAACAAGACGACCACUCGGAAAGGCGACUCCGACUAUGGCGCCCCCUCAAGACCUUCUUCGCCCUCUACGGCCUGCUCUUGAUCAGACUACGUCCCGAAUUGUUCAAGAAACUACGGAACAAGACGUGGAAUCUGUCGGAUGAUGACUACAAAAGCAGCUUCACGGACAAGGACUCGCUCGUGCCCAAGGGGGACAUGGGCUAUUCGGGCUCGACCUUCUUCAACACGAGAGACAAUAGAUUCCUCAUAAAGUCCGUCCCUCGUCGGUUUGAGCACAGCUACUUUCGAGACGACCUGAUGGAGCCUUAUGUGGCACACAUGGAAUCGCACCCCAAGUCGCUGCUCGUGCGCAUCACUGACUUUCUGGGGUGGCGCUAUCCGAGCAUCGGUGGCCUCUUUGGCAUCGUCCCCACCUACCACCUCGUGAUGGAGAACCUGCUGCACGGGCAGGAGGAAGAGUCCGACUGGCAGACCUUCGACCUGAAGCCGAUGUCGUAUUUCUUCCCGGAGCGCGACAUCGCCGGCGGCAAGCUCGCGUCCGAGGCCACCAAGUCCAAACUCGCCGACAACUUCGACGACAGGAUGCUGCUCAGCCGCGAACAGGCCGACGAGUUUUUCCACCUCCUCGAAGCCGACACCGAGCUCCUGGCGCAGCACAACGCCGUCGACUACAGCCUGAUGCUGGUGCGGAUCCCCAAAUCCACCUCCUCAGCUCCCGCGGACGACAGCCAAAACCCCUUCAACGACCCACCGGACUGGCGCACUGGCGUGCCCAGCCAGGACGACAAAUGGCUGUUCCGGGCCGUGAUUCUGGACUUCUUCUGGGCCAAGCACAAGGUGCGCGCGAAGACCAUGACCAUGCUCAUCAACGCGUGGCGGAUGAUUGACGACAAAGGCCCCAUGAGCAUCACCACCACGGCGCCCGAGUACCGGGAGAGGUUCUUGAAGAUGUGUAGGGAGAUCGUCAAGGUGCAGGAACAGGAGUAG